AUGUCUUUACAAAAUGAUGACAAAGAGUGUGAAGUGGACCCACAGGACACUUCCGAACCAUUGCGAUUAUUGGUUAUAGGGAAAGUUGGUGUCGGAAAAAGUACCGUUGGUAAUGUGCUAAUCGGAAGAAAAGUAUUUGCAGUUCCUUUAGUAUUUUCCAAUGAACCUGGAACACUAAAGUCAACAGCUGUAGAAGCUACCAAUUUUCUGGGGCAACAUGUUCGCAUAAUUGAUACUCCAGGUGUGUAUGGUUCAAACCAAGAAGAAAAGACAAUCAAAAAUGAAAUAGCCAAGGGGUUGCGUGUAGCUAAACCAGGUCCUCAUGCACUUCUCUUUGUCACUAGGAUAGGAAAAUUCACAACAGAGGACGAGAAAGCUAUUGAAUUUUAUGAGAGGAAUUUUGGAAGUCAAGUUACUAAGUACAUUGUUGUCGUAUUUACUGGAAAGGAAAAAUUGGUAGGUGAAGGCAUAAAUAUUCAUGAUUACGUCAAAUCACUAAACCCAAAAUCGAAACUGAAAAAUUGGAUUGAAAAAACGGAACACAGAUAUGUUGCAUUCAGUGAUACUGGUUAUAUAUUAGACCAGAAGAAAAACGUUGAGAGUCUGUUAGACAUGAUUGGAAGAAUGAUGUUAAAAAACCUAGCAAGUCCUUACUUUGGUGACACUGAAGAUGCAUUUAUAAAACAUGAAAAGGACAAAUACAAGCCAUAA